UUGAAAUCAUUGGUGGCAGAGUGAGGAAACCAGCAUUCUCAUACUCUCAGUAGUGGAAACAUAAAUCAGUGCUGGCUUUUUGCAGGGGUAACUUGAUAAUACAUAUUAAAAGUGUUAGGGGCUUCCUAGGUGGCGCAGUGGUUAAGAAUCCGCCUGCCAAUGCAGAGGACACGGGUUUGAUCCCUGCUCCAGGAAGAUCCCACAUGCUGCAGAGCAACUAAGCCCGUGAGCCAAAAAAAAAAAAAAGAAAAAAGAAAAGAAAAAAAAAAAUGAAUUAAAAAAAAAAAAAGUGUUAGAAUUUUUGGAGAGAUUGUGCGUAAGGAAGCUGGCCUCUUCCCAGUCUCUCUCACACACAGACACACACACACACACACACAACUUUUUCACAAUUUGUACAACUAUUGACCCAGCAGUUCUUUUAGAAAUUUAUCCUAAAUCUAUAAUUGGGGAUGUGUACAAAGUCAUAAGUAUUGUAAUAAAUCAUUGUAAACAAUGUAAAUGUCUAACCAUAGAAGAUUUGUUAAAUUCUGAUUCAGUAGGCCUGGGAAUGGGAGUUGGGUAAGUAGGACCCGGGAAUCAGCAUUUUCAACGUGCACUCUGGGUAAUUCUGACGAAGGUGGUCUGUGGACCACAUUUGAGGAACAUUUACUCAUCAUUACUUACAUGCUUUAAUUUCAGGUUCCAUGGUGUGCUAAGGCCCUCUGCAAACUGGUCUUUGACUUCCCUGUUCAGCCUCUCUACAGCUACUUCCCAAACAUCCUCCAUCAUGUUCCAGUCUAAGAGCCUUCUUGUGCAACUUUUCACUCACACCAUAUUCUCCAUCUGCCUUGCCUCUACUUCCCACCCCAGCUCUACCUGGUGAAACCAUACCCAUUCUUCAGAGACCCACUUGUCUUCUGCAAGGGAAUCUGGAAAAUUUGUAAACAAAACAUCAUUUCUCUAAGAAAAUUUUGGAUAACAGAAAUUCUGGAGAACAGGGCAAGCCACUUCAGUCACCAUGAGCUGGAGCUUCCUCACGCGCCUGCUGGAGGAGAUCCACAACCACUCCACGUUUGUGGGGAAGAUCUGGCUCACCGUGCUGAUCGUCUUCCGAAUCGUCCUUACAGCUGUGGGAGGAGAGUCCAUCUAUUACGACGAGCAGAGCAAAUUUGUGUGCAACACAGAACAGCCGGGCUGCGAGAACGUCUGCUAUGAUGCCUUCGCACCCCUCUCCCACGUGCGCUUCUGGGUGUUCCAGAUCAUCCUGGUGGCCACCCCCUCAGUGAUGUACCUGGGCUACGCCAUUCAUAAGAUUGCCAAAAUGGAGCACGGCGAAGCCGACAAGAAGGCCGCUCGGAGCAAACCCUAUGCGAUGCGUUGGAAACAGCACCGGGCUCUGGAAGAAACAGAAGAAGACCAUGAAGAGGACCCCAUGAUGUAUCCAGAAAUGGAAUUAGAAAGCGAAAAAGAAAAUAAAGAUCAGAACCAAUCUAAACCUAAGCAUGAUGGCCGACGGCGAAUUCGGGAGGAUGGGCUCAUGAAAAUCUAUGUACUGCAGCUGCUGGCAAGGACCGUGUUUGAGGUGGGUUUUCUGAUAGGGCAGUAUUUUCUGUAUGGCUUCCAAGUCCACCCAUUUUAUGUGUGCAGCAGACUUCCUUGCCCUCAUAAGAUAGACUGCUUUAUUUCUAGACCCACUGAAAAGACCAUCUUUCUUCUGAUAAUGUAUGGUGUUACAGGCCUUUGCCUAUUGCUUAACAUUUGGGAGAUGCUUCAUUUAGGAUUUGGGACAAUUCGAGACUCACUAAACAGUAAAAGGAGGGAGCUGGAAGAUCCGGGCGCUUAUAAUUAUCCUUUCACUUGGAAUACACCAUCUGCUCCCCCUGGCUAUAACAUUGCCGUCAAACCAGAUCAAAUCCAGUACACCGAACUGUCCAACGCUAAGAUUGCCUACAAGCAAAACAAGGCCAACAUUGCCCAGGAACAACAGUACGGCAGCCAUGAGGACAACCUCCCAGCUGACCUGGAGACUCUGCAGAGGGAAAUCAAAAUGGCUCAGGAACGCCUGGAUCUGGCAAUCCAGGCCUACAGUCACCAAAACAACCCCCAUGGUCCCCGGGAAAAAAAAGCCAAAGUGGCGUCCAAAGCUGGGUCCAACAAAAGCAGUGCUAGUAGCAAAUCAGGGGAUGGGAAGACCUCUGUCUGGAUUUAAUCUUGGCUGGGCUUAAAACUUGUGCUUUUCAUAGUUCAUGGUAAGCAGCAGCUCACUGAAUAAUGACUUCCAUUGAGUAAACAUUUGGCUCUGGUUAUCUUCAGGGAUGCUGUCAGCUCAUGAUCCAAGCUCAGGGGACUCUGGAGGUGGGGCUAGGACAGGGGGAGAGAACGGGAAACACAGUGUUCCUGGACACAUGUUCCAGCAAUAAUACGGUUGCAGAAUUUUACAUUUGUGUCUUCCAGAUCUGGAAAAGAACAGAUAUAUUUAAAUCAUUCUUGUUGAACAGUUUUUGUAUGUACAGUAUUAUGGUACUUUGUUUUUUUAAAGUAUGAGAACUUUUUUUUGUAUUUGUACAUUGGACCACUGUAGUUACACUUUUAUAUUAAAGGGGGAAAAUCCUUAA